GACCGGGGCGAUGAGUUCACCUACACCGGCAGCGGAGGUCGCGACCUUUCAGGAAACAAGCGUAUCGGCGAGCACUCGUUCGAUCAGACGCUCACACACAUGAACAGGGCUCUGGCGCUCAACUGUGACGCGCCUCUGAAUGACAAGGAUGGGGCGGAGUCUCGCAACUGGAGGGCGGGAAAACCAGUGAGAGUGAUUCGCAGCUCGAAGGGCCGACGGAUCAGCAAAUACGCACCGGAGGAGGGAAACCGCUACGACGGCAUUUAUAAGGUGGUGAAGUACUGGCCGGAGAUCGGGAAGUGUGGCUUCCUGGUGUGGAGAUACCUGCUGCGGCGGGACGAUGUGGAGCCGGCACCCUGGACUCCGGAAGGGAUCGAGCGCAGCAAGAAACUCGGCCUGAAAGUCCAG